UUUGCCCAGAUCGGAUUUAUCAAAGGCAACCUUCUUCGACACCGUCCUUUAUGGGAUCCAGACACCAACAAUGGCGAUGUUCAAGAAAAGAAUAUCUGAAGAGUCAUCAGCUUCAGAGUCACAGUGGUCCAGCGAGCAGAUCCAAGCAUCAGCCUCCGUCACCAAACUUGGUGAGUUCGGUGGCAAGACGCAAGGAAGCUUUGACGACGACGUAGUGACUACUUCUAUCCAUUGGGUGUCCUUCGAAGAUCUGCCAGACAAGGAUGACAAAGAUGCAACCGUUGGAGACACACAACUCAAGUGGCCCUCCUGGAAGAAAGGAGCGGCCAAGUUUUCUAAGGCACUUUCGUCGCCCUCAACGUUGAGAGAAAAGCCAGAACCUGAGCUAACAGGUCGGAUUUCUUCAAUCUGCAGACCCCUGUCUGCGUACGGAAGUGUGAGGAACAUGGACCGCGGCAUCGUCACUGCCACGGUCGGCUACCAGACGGACGGUAGCUUUGUAGAGGAAGCUGAACAACAUAUCAGUAGUACAGAUGUCACCUUUCACAACGAUAGCAUAGACUCUGGACACGAAGGUAACUUUGUAAGAUUCUCCUGAAGAUUCUAACCAGCUACGCGACGAGUCUCUUUCCAGUAACCCGUUGAACUGCAGCAACAGUUCAGCGGGCGAACAUUGCAAUACGACAGAUGAGGUAGAGGGCGUUGCAGGACAAAAAGAAACAUGGCAAGACAGUGAUCGUCAGUUCACCGCCAAGAGCGCCAGCCAAUGCUGGAGCACAGAAGUUAACGACAGCAAAUGCACGGAUGAGAGACGUCCGUGUCAUAUACAACAAGUGCCAGAGAAGAUGAAAGUGGUAGGCUUGCCUGACCAGCAAGCUGGUCUUGCUACAGGCGCUGCUGAUUGUGAGAAAGAAAUUGAAGAUGUGAUACCCGGGAAAAGGUCUACCGCUUUCAGCAACUCUUCAAAUCAGGGGAAUGAUGCUGGAGAACAACUAAACGCAGAAUGCAACGACGUUUUGCAUCACGGUGGCAGAAACG